AUGACACGUUUUCUCGCCGAUAUCUAUCGGGCGAAUCCCAGAUUGUUCGUCCCUACUACUGGAUACACUCAUUCUCUCCUCCCUCUCCUUUUCUUUAUUUUCAUAUCUCUGGUUCUCCUCCUGAUCACACUCAAUAUUGAAUUCAUUUAUCCUUUCUUGCGUCGUCUGUUCUUCUGCUUCCUCUUCCUACUCAUUUCCAUAACAUUAUGCUCUCUUGUAGGUCUAACUUUUCUUCGUGAGACAAUUGAUUUCAUCUAUUAUUCUUUCAGUAUCUAUCUAUCUAUCUAUCUAUCUAUCUAUCUAUCUAUCUAUCUUUGUAAUUUAUUUGCUUCCAGCUCGUCUAUUGGUAUCUUUUAUACGUUAUCAGUAGCAACCAGACGGAUCACUCGACCAACUAAGAACGGCCAUGCACCACCACCCACCGAAUCGAGAAAGAGCUAUCGAUCUGUCAAUCCUACAAUCCUUCGGUGUCCGAACCGGUUGAGAUUUCCCGUGUUGAAUCAAAUUGAGCCUUGA